CGGUGCAUCACUUGCACUUUUAAUAUAGCGAUGAAACAAGUACUACUCACUUUGGCCUUCGCGGGGCUAACCGCCUCUGCUCGUUUGGACAACCUCCAAUAUCUCCCCCCUAACCAGAGACCAGGUGGAGGGUUCGGUGGACGACCUGGAGCCGGAGGCUUCGGAACUGGAACCACGCCAGGAUUUGGACCUGGAGGAGCACCAGGUUUCGGUGGCGGAGCUCCUGGUUUCGGUGGAGGUGCUCCAGGGUUUGGAGGGGGUGCCCCAGGCUUCGGAGGUGGCUCUCCAGGCUUUGGAGGUGGCGCUCCCGGAUAUGGUGGUGGAGCCGGAGGCGGCUAUGGUGGAGGCGCAGGAGGCGGUUUCGGCGGCGGAGCUGGCAGGCCGGGAGCCGGAUCGGAAAUCCCCAUCACUCGCUACGAAAAUGUCAACAAUGGCGACGGAACCUACCAAUAUCUCUACGAAACCGGAAACGGGAUUAGCGCUCAGGAACAAGGAGAUGCUAGAGGCGACGGUACAAGAGCACAAGGAGGAUUUGCUUACACGUCACCCGACGGUCAGCAAAUCCAAAUACAAUACACUGCCGACGAAAAUGGUUUUAACCCUCAAGGCCCCCAUCUACCAACUCCACCUCCAAUCCCGCCAGAAAUUCAAAGGUCGAUCGAACAGAAUCUGGCAGAUGAAGCCAGAGGAAUUGUAGACGACGGUUCGUACAGACCAGGUGCUGACGAAGGUCGUGGAGGCGGCUACCAACCCAGCGGACCUGGAGGACGCGGCGGAGCACCCGGUUUUGGAGGCGGUGCUCCUGGUUUCGGCGGCGGUGCUCCUGGUUUCGGCGGCGGUGCACCUGGUUUCGGAGGAGGUGCGCCAGGUUCACAAUACGGGGCACCAGCGCCCGGGUUUAGGCCUGGAGGUCCCGGGGGAGCCGGAGGCUUGGGUUCGGGUGGUGGUAGUGGAGGGUACAGAUACUAGAUGAUUACGCGGAUCUUAGCAAAUUCCUCGACGUAGAAAAGCCAUAGGUGAAAGUAUUUGUUUAUUGGAACCUAACCAUAAUGUAUUAUAUGUACUUGAACGUACUAUAUAUACAAAGCAACUGUGUUCUUUUUAUAUGUAAAUAGUUUACGCCCUACUUCUUGUAAGAUAUGUCAAUAAACGAGAUUUUUUAACGA